AUGGGAUUCACAUCAAAAGCCAAGAACAGUGAAGGCUGGGGAAUGGGGUUCCUCUUGAUUUUCUUUCCUGAAGAAGAUCAUCCAGACACAAGUAAGAAGAAGAACAAUAAUCUCUUCUCUUCAUCUUCACCUUCUUUCAAGCCCCUGAACAGCCUACUCAAACGUACAAAUUCAGCUCAUCUACUACACAAAGCACAGACCACAAUUUCUAUAUGUGCACUUCUGUUAUUCAUCACCAUACUUCUCUUCACUAUCUCCACCUUGCCCUCCACCACCACUGCCGCCACAAGAGCCCGCCACAAUUACGGUUUUCCUGGAAGACAGCUCUCUUUAAUGAUGAAAAAUCCCUCUUCAGCUUCGGGUUUAUUGUCAAGAAAUCAAUUGUCGCAUGCAUUGCAAGGAAUGGGUACUCUGUAUAGGAGAGGUACAAGGGCAAUGAGUGACCUCAUUGUAGCACACGCUGUUGAGUCUCUCACUUCGCAUGAAUUGAAAUUGUUUCUAAGGCUCUUGUACAGGUCUAGUCUCACCUCAAGAUCAGACCUUGUAUUCAUAUUUCCAUCAAAAUCGCCUGAUUUUGAUAAUACAAUUCUUCAAGAGAACGACUCGUUCUUGAAACUCGUUAUUCAGUAUGCGAAAAUGAACCGCUCAACUCAUUCGGCGGCGAGUUUUGAAGUGACCCAGUUCGUGAAAAUGAGCAAGAAGGAGGGGGAAAGCGGAGAACCAAUCUGGGGUCGAAGAAUCCGAAGCAAUUUUAGUGAGGAAGGAAAGACUGAGUCAACUCCUUUGAGUUAUGGGUCAGUAGUGAGUUUUGACAUGGAAGAGCUUGACCAGGAGAACUCAUUGGCUGGGUUAUUAGAACACGUUCCAAUGAAUUUGAGGAGAUGGGCUUGCUAUCCUAUGCUGCUGGGUCGAGUUAGAAGAAAUUUCAAGCAUAUUUUGUUAGUGGAUGUAAAGGAAAUAUUAAUAGUCGGUGAUCCACUCGGCCGAGUCAGGAAUCAGAGUCCCGAGACGGUUCAUUUAACCUCAACCAUCCAUUCCCUUCCCACCAAACACGGGAAGAAGAAGCCGGAUAAAACCCAGUCAACCCGGCAGAAAUCAGUGAACCCGGCAAUUGUAAUGGGCGGUGCAAGAGGGGUUAGAAGAUUAUCAAAUGCUAUGUUAACAGAAAUUGCAAGAGCAGCAAUGCAGCACAAGAAGAACAACUCGGUGACUGAGUCAGGACUCUUCAAUCAACUCGUAGGAAAUGAGUUCAUAUUAAAGGACGUGAAAGUUAUGACAUCGGCCGAGCCAAUCCCCGAACUGAGUUCACUCGGCGGGUCAAACUCGAAGUCAGGUUCUUCGUUGGCCAUUACAAAUUAUACCUUGAUUAGAGCUGGCAAUAGUAAUUUGGCCGUUUAUGCUAUAUUAAUGAAGCACAUAUGCUCGUCGCCAAUAAAUUCCACAGUUUAUAGUGAUUGUUAA